UAUGUACUUUCGUUAUUAGUCAUAUUAUUUAUAAUGAUAUCUAAUUUGUUUACUUUAUUCAUAAAAAGCGCAAACGAACGAUCCAUGUAAUUUUACGAACAGGAAUAUUUGUUCCAGUUGCCCAAUUUUGCGCUUGUCUUGUCCCACUGUUGGCAAAAAAUCAAGGGAUCUGAAUUUUUAGUCAGCUUUAAAAUUUGAUGUGAUGCACUAGUUUCGAACAUAAAUAUGCACUUGAUCUUAGUUUUUGCAGGAUUACUCUUAGCUACACAUUCAGGUAGUGGAUUGGAAUGUUAUACUUGCAGUAGUCAUGUUGGAAUCACAAAUUCGAUGAAUGAUUGUGAAAGGUUUAACUCUUACGAAAAUCAUCGAAAGUCAUUUUGUCAACCUGGAGAACAAGUUUGUGCUAAGCAUAUUGUAAACCAUGAUGGCGUGACUUGGGUGCAUCGCUCUUGUCGACCAUACGAUGUUUGCGAUGUUCUCAGCCAAAUGUACCGGAAUGGCAGAGAUCAACUUUUGGAAUGUUCCACUUGCUCUGAUCGGAAUUUGUGUAAUUCAUCUUUUAUGUAUUCAGCAUCUACAGCUGUAACAAUGUUUUUAUUUAUUUUAGCGAUUUACUAGCUGAAACCGUAUAAAUUUGGUUAUUGUUAAUAAAAUUGAUUUGGUAGUUUAGAUUUAUUACGCUAUAAUACACUAAGGUUAGGUUAAUUAGCAAGAAAACAUAUUUUUUCGUAACCGUUUUAAGUAAAGCUAUGUAAACCCAAGUGCAUUUACGGUUUUACAGAGAAUAACAAAUUGAUCUUGCGAUACACACACUUUUUACUUGAAUUGAGAAUAAUAUUAAGUAGGUACUUAAAGAACAUGUCACAACUCGUUUUUUUUGUCAUUUUGGGAGCAACUUAGGAUUUGUUGGAUUGGAAUAAUACAUGGAAAUCAGAUUCAAUAUA